AUGAACUUAUCUUCGAAUGGAAUAGGAACAGCUUAUACACCUACAACAGCGCUGUCAUCAUCAUUAUCAUCAUCAACACAUCAAUAUUUAACAACAAAACGAUGUCAUAACACACAACCAUCAUCAGUUGAUUUACAUGAAUUAACAAAUACACUUCAAGAAUUAAAUAAUCAUUUCAAACGAAAUGUUAAGCUUUUGACAGAUAUUAAAGACCAAAUUGUUAAAGUAUGUGCAAAACAAGAAGCAAGAUUGGUGGAUGAUAGUUCUGGUAUACAUAAACUUGAAAGAGUGACCGUUGAAUUACGAGUGGUAUUUUUGAAAAUUGGUGAAAUUGAUACAUUAAAGGAGCAAUUUCAAGCUGAAGCAUUUAUUCAAGCACGUUGGUAUGAGCCAAGUUUAAAAGGAACGGAAAUUGAUUGUUUUGAUGCACAUAAAUUUUGGAAUCCAUUAUUAUAUAUUGAUAAUUCAGUUGGAGAUUUAAAAAAUGAUGUUUGGCAUAAAGUUGUGUAUGAUGGUACUGAUACACCAAUGAUUUAUGAAAUGCGAAAAGUUAAAGGAGUUUUUCUUGAAAAUCUUGAACUUAAUGAUUUUCCUGUUGAUGUUCAAGAUUUAACAAUAACAGUUUCGACAACAAGAACUGUUAAUGAAGUAUCAUUUGUUGCUGAUACUCAUCAAUUAAGUGCAAUUAAUACACAUGCAUUUAUUGAUCAACAAGAAUGGCGUUUACAUGAACAUGUUGAAACAUCAACAAAAUUAAUAUCAAGUCCAUUUACACCAUCACAAAACCAACAUCCAGCUUUCUCAGCUACUUGUCGUGCUGCUCGUCGACCCGGUUAUUUCUAUUGGAAUGUUUAUUUUUUAAUUUUCUUUAUCACAGUAAUGGCUUUUGCUACAUUUAGUGUUACUUAUAAUCUUCCACAAAAUCGUCUCCAAUUAAGUUUUACUCUUCUAUUAACAGCUGUUACGUUUAAAUGGGUUGUUGUACGAUGUUUACCAACAAUAUCUUAUCUAACAACAUUAGAUAAAUAUGUCUUAUUAUCCAUGGUAAUGCUAUGUGUUGUUUGUGCUUGGCAUGCUAUUAUAGCUGUAUGUCCAACUCAUGUAGCACCACAUUGGGACAAUAUGGCCUUAAUAUCAUUAGCUGUAAUUUAUACAAUAUUUCAUCUAGUAUUUUUUCUUUGGAUGUAUUUUGUUACUUAUCGUCGACGACGUAUAAUGAAACGAAAAGAUAAAGAAUAUUUAAAAAAUCGUUUCGAACUUUUAAAUACUCUUGGUAAUCAUCCAGGUGAUCAAUCAGAUAAAUACGUUGGUUCAUCAGCAGCAACAACUGUUGUGCGUAAAACAGCACAUCCAUUAACAUCAACUGAAAAGCUUCAUCAGCGCGUAUCAACUUCAUCUGAUGGAAUAUGCCGAUCAAACCCUGUUGAACAAAAUCAUAAAAAUUUAACAAAUCAACAUGCACUUGAAAAGCAUCCACAUCCAGCAAUAAUGAAACGAUCAAUAAUAAAAAAGAAUUCAGAUGCUUCUCAAAAUCAUGAUGGAGGACAACAAACAUUAUUAAUAUCUGGUGAUAUUGAAGCAAUGGCAAUAAAACAGUUUCGUACUGGUUCUAGUGGAUGUUAA